AUGCACCCAUCGACCGCAAUUCAUCAUCUAUCUUUACCUUCGACUACUCAUCAACCAAAACCAAUUGAAGUUCCUCUCGUUCAGCCGGGCCGCGUGCGACUUGUGAUGCGAAAUGGGUAUAUUUCUCGACUUCUCGGUGCUGGUGAGCCUACCUUUGAGCAAUUUGAAUCGGAUUCUGGAUCCGAUUCAGAAAAUGAAACUUCAACGAAGCAAAGACGUUCCACACCAAAAGUUACUGAGAGAGAUAAAUCAGCUCGAGCACUUUAUGCCAUUAAACCAACAUCCGCAGUGCCAACAUAUCAAACAUUUCGACCAAGAAUAUUUCGAACGAGAUUCAUUGGACCAAAGUCGGGCGAUCCAAUGAUCAAUCAAGCUAGAUAUGAAGAAUUUGCGAGUGGAGUCAAAGCUCCUUUUGCACUAUUACGAAAUUCAGCGCAAAUUGCCUCAACACCCACACCAUUCCGCACAACAGCCACACCGGGACACAGCUUUUCGAGAAGUAUCCCACUAAAAGCAGUAUCCGAUGUCUCUAGACCAACAAUCAGUACAUAUUCCGGCCCAAAAGUUGUGAAACACACAGAAAUCAUCAAUCAGGUUUAUCAGAAACCCCUGAGACCUUCAAAAUCAGGUGCUUUGAUCUCAAAAAUUAAGUCGACUUUAGAAUUCCGCGCCUCCGGAAACCAAAUAAAAGGUGUCAACAUUGGGGUUCAACCUCAAAGCCCUUCUGAAAACGAUGAGACAAAGCCACAGAUUGCAAAAGCUGAAUCAAAACCGUCAAAAAUUUCUAAUUUCUUUCACAAAAUGUUGCGCAAGACUCCAAAAACAGAGACAAAAGAUGAGAAAUUAUCAGCUUUAAAAGCACCAGUGCAUUGUCAAGCCGCUGAUGAGCGAGUCAUUCAUGGGUUCACUGUGCAAAAACCAACAGUUGUUGCUGAAUUGGAUUCUAAAAUUCAAAAGCUUCCGAGAUCACCUAACGAUUCACCCCGACUAAGAAAGAAAUCGUCAGUGAAGUCGGUAAAAUCAAUAACUUCGACGAGUCAAAAGCCCACUGACCCAUCGAGUCCAAAUGCAACGCCAGGAAUGAAAGUGAGAAAGCUUUUGCAAAAGUCAAUAAGUAAAGAAAGAUUGGACCAGCCUAUAAAAGAACGAGGAGAAACAAAGGAAGUUGAACCGAAGCCAGGAUCACCGAAGACAUUGGUUCAAGUGGAGAGAAAAGACAAUGGUCGAUUUGUACUUCCAGAACUAAAAAGAGUUACCUCACCAAUUCUGAAACCAAAGAAACCAGAGAAACCAGAGAGCCCACCAAAUUGCCCAUACAAUGCAGAAAAGGUGCUUGUUCGUAAACAGGCUCUUCAUGUAAAAGAAGCAAUUGAAAAAGCGCCUUUAGCCAAUAUGGAUGAGAUUAGUGAGUCAAGUGAAAAGACAAAAUCGCCGGAAAGACCAUUGGGUAUUGUGAGGCCAUUUUCGAGAACUGGAAAUCCUAAUGAUAGAAAUAUUCCUAUCGGGCCAAUGCCUAACGACGUGAUUCAACGGGUUGCUAGACCAGCCACAGCUACAUUAGGUGAGCCACAAAAUGAGAAUAGGACUCCGUCACGAGAAGAGCCAACAAGAUCUACUCCGGGCUCUAGACAGCUAAACAACCAUUCUACGCUACAGAAUGUCAAAGACUCGCCUAUGCGAACAUCUGAAACACUAAAAGUCUCCGAAGCUGAUCAGCUGGAGCGACUGCAAGAAUUAGAAGCUCAGCUCAGAGAACACAAAAACCGUUUAGAUGAAUUAGCUCAUCAACCCUUUCUUCCACAAGCUCAACCAGCAAUUGUUGUUGAGAAAAGAGUAAUGGUUCGAUAUGACGAUAAUCUCGUUAGAAAGCCUUCGAACAAAGCCAAGAAAGCUGGCUUAAAAGUUCCUCCAAAACCUCCAAAGAAAGAGAUUCCCGAUCAACCACAGCCCUGGAUUGUUCAACCAUCACCAUUGAACGUUGAUGCUUAUAUGCAAAAAGCAAAUGAACAAUGUUCAAGAUGGAAUGGACAAAUAGUGAUCAGCCCUCAUUCAGCUGCUUCACUUGCCGCUUCCUCUACAGGCCGGCCUUUAUCACCAACUUCACCAUCGAAUUUGAUUACAUUAGAGGAAAGAGUUUUAUCUCCACCACUUAAUAAAACAUUGCUGAGAAAACAAAUGCCAAAAUCACCAAGGGAUCUCUUAAAUCCGCUUCCAAAAGCCGAAAAACCGAUUCCAUUGUGGAGAGCACAAAAUGCGGCCCGCUUCGGCAAAGAAUCGACAAAAAGCCUUAUCUCUCGAUCAACACCAAAAGAUGAUCUGCUGAUUUCAGAAAUGGCUAAAAGCGCUCCUCCAGCAACUCUGCUUUUGGAAGAGAAUAAAGGGGGAACUGGGGAGGAAUCAGCCGUUUCAUUCCACACACCACCACCUGAACCAACAAUUACAGUGGCACCACCAACUCCCAUUAUGAAGAAAAAAACUUUGGAAGUGGACACAAUGACAGCAACAAAAAAAUCAUUAAAGACUAUGAAAGACAUCAAACUUGCCUCUCCAUCGUGUAUCCCAUGGGACUCAUCGUUCGAAUUGGCUGAAGCAUACUCAGACGCGAGCGUGAUGGACGAUGAAUCACAGUAUUCGGCGAUCACACAUUUUGUUCCAAAGAAAAUCAAAAAGCCUCCAGUGCCGGGAAUGUGGCUGAAAGAUGGAGUCGAAUUGAUUAGCAAGAACAAGCGUUUCAAAAGAGAAGAAGAGAGCCAUGCAACAGUUUCCACAUGGAAAAUACGGCAAAGUGACAAAAUUUCGAAAGAUCUCAAGGCAACACCACUGAAAAAGCUCUCUAAACCAGGAACUCCAACAACGGAAAAGAAGAAAAUGGUGAUGAAAAAGAAGUUAAUCACCGACAUCAACGCAAAAGAUGUGGAGAGGGCAAUGAAAGAACGGGAGAUUUCACCGCUUGGACGAAAAAAAGACGAAAAGCCUAUCAUCCCAGUAGAAGUGAGUGUUUCGACAAUUCUCCAAAAUCGACUCGCAGCUAAACAAGCAACCGCAAAGAAGUUACUUUAUAAUGAAAGAAUCUCCUUGAGCAAUCAGAAGCCAUUGAAAGCUCGACGCAAACCGAUCCCGUUAGCAUUGGCGGUGAUUGAUAAAGAUUUUCACAGGAAACGAAUGGACUUCCGUGUGCAAAAAGCUUUGAAGGAGUUUGGAAAACAACAAGAAAAACACUCGUUGAAAUGCAAAGCCGCCACAAGCAAGACGACAAGAAUCGAGCAAAAUUUGAGUCGUAAUCAAGCCUCUGGAGGUGCAAAGGUUAUUGUGGUAAGUGCACCAAUCGAUCAUGUGAAUAUUUCGAGAAUCAAACACAAAUGCAAGACGAGCCGUGUGAAAAAAGAAAGGAACUCAAUGCCAUGUUACACAAGUUUGGAGCAUUCAACGAGUGGAUUUGAAGAGGAAAAAGAACGAAUUCAAGCCAUUCAAGCAAAUAAUGGAGCACACAGUGACACGGAGUACGAUAAUGAGGAGGAUGGUCGGUUGAAAAGAGAAAGCUCUGUCGCUGCAGUGAUUCUCGAUGAAAUGAGGGGAAAAGAUUCAACUGUUGAUUGGAGCAAUAAAACGGGUGGGCCGUCGAUUUUCCUCAACAACGGUCAAGAGCCUUUGAUCCUACCCGAUCAAUCAAUUCUUGAAGAGUACGUGAAAAGGAAACGAGGUCGUCUUGAGAGGCUACACUCUGAGCCUAUUCCGGAAACCGACGAGAAUCGCUUCGAGUGUGAUUCCCCAUGCAACUCGACCGCUUCGGAGUUCAUUCCCGCAUCUGCUGUCCGAGUGCAUGAGCCAUCAUCACGUGGAGUGCCCGUCAUCACUACCGCUCCACAAAAAUCGAGAUCUCGUAUGAGUAGCGGUGAGCCACAAACACCAACGGCCAUGCUUGAAACUCAACAACCAAUGAAUAAUUUCAAUUCUACUCCACAAGCUUUCUUAAGGCGACAAGCUCCACGUGCAAUUCUUUUUCAAGCUCCUCAAUCAUUUGAUGUACCCAAGACACCCUUUGAGUCAGCUCUUCAACAACAAGCAAACCAAAUCGCUCGUCGUGCCUCAAUCAACAGUCUCUCGACAUAUUCGGAACCCGGGGAGUGUCGAUCCGAAGCCACCGCUCAGGGUCAUCAACGACAAAAUUCGCAAGAUGGUUCAAUUUCUUCUUCUUUCACAGCCGCUCUUGCCGCCAAUCAGCCGACCCGACAUGAAAGAUAUGCUGCACAUAUUCCCGUGAAUCGAGGCGAUGGGUCUGGUCGACAGAGUGUGAACAGUGUGGACAGUCAAGCAAGCGGUGCAUUGGAGACGGCGAGCAAACAGCUGGACCAAGUGAUUGAUCAAGCUCGAUACCGUCAUCACCAACACCGAUCUCGUUUCAAAGAAGCCAUCGAUUAUUUGGAUCAAAUAUUUGAGGAUCUUAAAAGAGAAUGUGAUACUGGCGCUCAACAAGCGUCUGCUGUCAAUGCUACGACCGAUGAAACAAACAACGACCCUUCACAAAUGGUUGAAAUUCCCUCUGCUUCAUCCGGUUCUCAUACGACAUCCAAAGAAGCGCUACUCAGACGUCCUCAGCCGGCUCCUGUUGUGGUCGAUCCAUCUCCAUCUUCUUAUGCAACUCAAUCUCUACCAAAUCGAAGCACUAAACAUCGACCGCAAAAGUGGGGAUCAAUCGACGAUUCAUUCGCAUUCUCGCCUAUUACUCCACCAUCGCCGAUUGAAGGAGUGUCCAAGAAGACUGGAGCGAAACAACAGAAGAGCACCGAUAGUGAGGUAGCCGAAACAAUUGUUCUACCAAAAAAGCCGGACAAACUGGAUUUCACGAGGAAAUGGCUUCACGACGACCUCUCGUCUUUUGGAAUGAGCAGUCCAGCUCCUCUGGUAAUCGGCCCAGAAAUGACUUUGUACACCGAUGUCGAUGAACAUUCAUUGGGAAGUUGCUCGGCUGAAGUGGCGGCGAUCAACGAAAAUACAAAAACAAAGAAGAAAGAAAAGAAAAGUUCUCAAAAUAAAACGAAACCUCAUGCAGACGUGAAGCCAGUAAAGCCUCAAGCUCUUCGACCACAGCCACAAUAUUCGACAUCAUCAUCGGGGAAUAAUGGUCCUCGUCAAUUCCCAGUCGAUUUCGAGCCAGCUCCUCCAUUACCCAGAGUUGCCUCCUUUGAUCACAUGAGUGAUAAAACUGAACAAAAUGGAUGGAGAAGUGGAAGUCAGGAGCCUUACAACAACUCACUCACUCUUCAUCCAAAUGAUCCAAGACCAAGCCCAUCAGCUUUCCAAAACGUCUCCCCGUCGGUGCAACGAAACUCUUUAAGAGGCAGUAUCAGAUCAUUACCCGAUGCUGGACGUAUUCCUUCAUUUCGUCCCACACCCGAUCCACCACGUGAUCCUGGAUUGGCAAUUGACGCCUUAGUGGCCGAAUUAGAGUUGAAUACCGAGGAGUCCGCGUUGGCCGAGAAACGGCGAUCGUUCCCGACGGCAAUUGGUCGUUUAAACGAGUACGAGCAACCAAGAAACCGAAUCAAUCCACCAACACAACCAAGGAGGAUCACUCAACCAAUCAAUUAUAGUCAUGGCUACCAACAACCACCGGCCCCAUCACAGCCAAUCCUCCCGUCAUCGACUUAUUCGAACUCGAAUCCGGUCGCAAGUCGAGCUCCCGUCAUACAAAAACAACCAAACCUUGAUGAAAUGGCCUCAAUGUUAGCAAGUGUGGCCAAUGAAUUCUCUUCAACUCAAUCACCUGCACCAACCACUCAAAAUAGGCAACAUAAUGGACGUCGAGCAUCCGUUCCAAGACAGAACAGUGGUGGAAGUACAUCCAAUCAACAAUCAUUCAUCUAUGCAAUUCCCCACAUGCAUGCUCCACCAUUUGAGACCAUAAAUAAGGAACGAAUCAAUCCAUCCCGGGUCGAGGCGAUGCAAAACGUUUUUGAGACGCGGCCAAGUGGUACCGAAUGGCGACGAGGACCCCAACCAUACAAAAGUCCAUCAAGAGAAGAAGAGAAUUAUUAUGAGAUUGGAGAACUUCAACAAUCAUUCUAUCAACCACCAAAAAAAGAGAGUAAUCAUCAACCUAUGAUCGAUAAACCACGACAAGCCUAUAAGAAUCCAUCUAAUCACUAUUCAACAUCUCACGACUUCUACCCACAAUAUCCAGCGAGUCAACCGCCCACAAUGCCACCUGUGGGCAGAAAUGGAUCUGCCGGUUCAUCUCAAAAUGGAGGAUAUUAUUCAUCGAAUAGCUCCGAUCACCAUCAGGGUCACGCACAAUUGAUGCGCCGAGGGUCAUUGGUGGGGCGACAGUCGAUGAAUUCAAGAGCCCAUUCGCAAGAUGAAGAAGACGAUGGAUUCUAUGAUAAUAUCGCACAUAUGGAUGAUCGUCGUCUUUCACGGGGAAGUGAUGUCUUCGAGACCGGGUCGCUGAACCGAACCGCUUCCACAAAAUCGUACACUCAAGGGAAGAUUGGUUCGUUUUUUCGUAAAAUCGGCUCCGGACGUCCGCCCGGUGCUGCUGCGAGUCUCGUCUCGUUGAAUAAGGCGGGAAUCGAGCCAAUCAUUCAACCAACGGGUCCUCUAAUGAAAUCAUCGAGUCUCAGUCAGGAUCCUUGGAAUAAGCAUGUUCUUGGAGGGCCGAGUCUUCCAUCUCCAACGAACGACAAAAAUAAAGGAAUCGGCCAGCGCCUCAAAAAUUCGCUUUUCGGCUCAAAAAAGCGACUUAAUGGU